UAAACACACUUUAACUUCAUUUUCAGGGCAGGCGGCACUUAUCAAGUUGAAAAAUCUUGUCUGCAAGGGGUGUUUGCGAUGCCACGUCUUUUUUGCUUACUGAUUUUAUUGAGCAUGUGACUGAAUUAGACGCUCACAUGGCUGCGGUGGCUGCAUGAUCCGCUUUAGUUCUUUAAAGUCCGGUGAUCGGUAGCUCCCUCGGCAGCGACCAUCCGGAGCAGAGGACCGCUGAAAAACACAGCGCUCAACCCGGACAAAUCAUGGCGAACAGCGGGCAGAAAGUUGUGCUGAUCACCGGCUGCUCCUCCGGCAUCGGGUUACGAAUCGCCGUCACGCUGGCCAAAGAUGAAAAGAAGCGUUACCAUGUCAUUGCCACCAUGCGAGACCUGAAGAAAAAGGAUAAGCUUGUGGAGGCGGCAGGAGAUGCAUAUGGCAAGACCUUGAUGUUGCUUCCACUAGAUGUGUGCAGUGAUGAGUCCGUCAAGCAGUGCAUCAACAAUGUUAAGGACCGCCAUAUAGAUAUCCUGAUCAACAAUGCAGGUGUGGGCCUGCUGGGACCUGUGGAAAGCAUCAGCAUCGAGGAGAUGAAAAGAGUAUUUGAGACCAACUUCUUUGGUGUUGUUCGCAUGAUCAAAGAAGUUAUGCCAGACAUGAAGAAGAGGCGUUCAGGACACAUUUUGGUCAUGAGCAGUGUCAUGGGUCUUCAGGGAGUGGUGUUUAAUGAUGUUUACACUGCCUCUAAGUUUGCCAUGGAAGGUUUCUGUGAGAGUAUGGCCGUGCAACUGAUGAAGUUCAAUAUCCGGUUGUCCAUGAUUGAGCCUGGCCCAGUGCACACUGAGUUUGAGACAAAGAUGAUGGAGGAUGUGGCCAAGAUGGAGUACCCAGGAGUAGAUGCCGACACAGUUCGUUAUUUUAAAGACGUUUACCUGCCAUCAUCCAUAGAUAUUUUUGAAGCCAUGGGCCAGAUGCCAGAUGACAUUGCCAAAUGCAUUAAAAAGGUUAUUGAGUCAAGCAGCCCUCGCUUCAGGAAUCUGACCAACAGCCUCUACACACCCAUUGUGGCCUUAAAGUAUGCAGAUGAGACUGGUGGCCUGUCUGUCAACACUUUCUACAACUUACUCUUCAAUUUCGGCCCUCUCAUGCACAUUACCAUGAGCAUCCUCAAGUGCCUGACAUGCAGCUGCCUGCGUAGACGCACCAUCUCACCUAACUGAAGAGGGUGUCUGAUCCUGCCCCGUGCCCUGCCAGUUUGUUCACCCCACCCAGUUCCUACUGCCUUUUCCUGAGGUUUUGGGCUAAGCAGGUAGAGUAGAGCCAGUAACCGUGGAGAGAGGAGGUGCCUUUUAGUUCAAAGACACUACCAUGAUAAGCUUUGUCAGACAACAUGCACAAUUGCACAAGUUUGUCACAGAGAUGUUGUAUUCAGGAUGACCUCAUGUACUCACACAUACACACAGAGAUACAUACAGUGGAGUGGAUUCUCUCAUUGCUAGAGUUUGAAAUCGAGAACCGGUUCCAAAUUAAACAUUGAUUAACCUGAGUCACAUGCAUGGCUUUUUUUCUACUGUGUUUAGACACUCAGACAGAGAUAAUAAAACAGUUGUGUCGAUGAUGACAACCUGUGUUUUUUUCACACAGAAAAUUGAUCAACAAUCAAUAAGGGAAUCAAUAAAGAGGAUACUAACCGUAACCCCAACCCAUCCCUAGUUCUGUGUUUCACUUAAUCAAUGUGACAGUAGGUGAAAAUUUGUCUUUACCUACAGAAAACAAACAUUUGUGAUUUUCUUAAUGCUUCGCUAUCAAAUAAGGGAUAGUGAAAGUACAGUGUGAAAUUUAAAACAUUUACAAAAAUAGUCUUAAUACUGAUGAUUUGGAGUGCUCCACACACUCCUCAGCAUUUCUUUGCGGCUCCAAGUUGUGUAAUCGUACAGGUCUAAAGAACCAUUUUCUGGUUCUGGCUGUUUUUGUAAAGUGAAGAAGAAACAUGCCUGACAUGCAGCUGCCUGCGUAGACGCACCAUCUCACCUAACUGAAGAGGGUGUCUGAUCCUGCCCCGUGCCCUGCCAGUUUGUUCACCCCACCCAGUUCCUACUGCCUUUUCCUGAGGUUUUUGGCUAAGCAGGUAGAGUAGAGCCAGUAACCAUGGAGAGAGGAGGUGCCUUUUAGUUCAAAGACACUACCAUGAUAAGCUUUGCCAAACAACAUGCACAAUUGCACAAGUUUGUCACAGAGAUGUUGUAUUCAGGAUGACCUCAUGUACUCACACAUACACAGAGAUACAUACAGACACAAAAACAACAACACACACAUUGGAUUAUUGUACAUACACAUCAUAAAGUGAAGGCCAUGCCUUAGCUAUUGCUUUCUGAGAGGAACUGAAAAUAUGUUGUUUAAGUGGUUAGAUGUCUUUAUCUUUUUCAAGAGAACACAGAGACAGGACAUGAGACACAAUCCCCAUUGACAGGCAACAAAGCACAAAAUAUGUACUCAGUUAAAGAAAAAAACAAUAAGAUUAUAGAGUAAUAAUAAUGCAAUAAUUUGUAGCCUAGAGAUAUAUACUCAGGCUCACAGGAGUUAUAACAUGAAUGACAGAAACAAUAUGUAUGCUUUAAUUGUGUUGUGCCCUUAAUUCCAUGUUUGCCUUAACAUAGUGUUCUCAUGGUCAUAACUGCUGUUAAAUCAUAUUUUUAAUCUUUUGAUGAUCUGAAUGUUUUUUGAGUUUUUAAAGGUUUGUGAAGGGUUGGGUCAGAUAUGUUUAAUCUAGCAUCUUGAUUAAGAAAUAAACAGAAUUCUGAUUUACCCUCAAA